CUGUCAUAGAAGUGUUGGCAACACUUCCACAAACAAAACAGCGUGUUUUUGGGAGGAACUUUUAUAGUUAAGAAAAUAUGUCUGGGCAGGAUUUACUGUCUGACCAAGGGUUAAGGCUCGAUGGAAGACGAGCAGGGGAGUUGAGAAGUAUACGGUGCAAACUCGGUGUGUUCAGUCAGCCAGAUGGAAGUGCGUAUCUUGAGCAGGGAAACACUAAAGUCCUUGCAGCUGUAUAUGGCCCCCAUCAGGCUGCCUCGAAGAGGAUGAAUGUGGAGGAAGCUGUAAUUAAUUGCGAGUAUAGCAUGGCAACAUUUUCGACUGGGGAACGUAAGCGCCAGAACUACGGUGACAGAAAAUCUCAGGAAAUGACAAUGCAUAUACAGCAAGCCCUCAGUGCUGCUAUCAAACUCGAGCUGUAUCCUCGGUCUCAGAUCGAUGUCUUCAUAGAGGUGCUUCAAGCAGACGGUGGGAAUUAUUGUGUGGCCAUAAAUGCUGCUACACUGGCCCUAAUUGAUGCUGGAAUUUGCCUAAGGGAGUAUAUUUGUGCGUGUACAGCAUCCCUGGCCAAUGGAAAAGUACCCAUGACAGACAUAUCACACAUUGAAGAGAUUAGCGGAGGUGCCACCCUCACAGUAGCCUCUUUGCCCUCUUCAGGGAGGAUUGCUUUCUUAGAGAUGUCACAGAGAUUCCAUCUUGAUGAUUUGCCAAGAGUCUUAGAAUAUGCACUAGCCGGUUGCCGGGAAGUUAAGCGAGUUCUGGAUCAAGCAGUUAGAGAACACGUUCUUAAAAUAGGUUCGGCUGGGGAUUGGGGAGCCAUCACAAAAUAGUUAAUUAAAUGAAAUUUUAUUAAAUCAA